AUGAGUUUCGAAUUGAAAGACAACAUGACAGUUAUGAAUUUAUUUGAAGAAUCGCAAGAGUCGGUGGAAUUGAAAGAGAAGAUUUCGAGCUUAAACAUCAAUAUAUCCAACUUGUUAAUUGAGAACUACUAUGAUUUUAUACAUAUCAGUUUGGCUAGAAAAGAAAAAGAGUUUUCUGGAUGGUUGAUUCAUGAUGGCGAAGGUUUGGAUGACGAUGAUGGAAUUGAAAGGAUAACAAUUGGAGAUACUGCGUUCUUGAAUUCAGAGAUCGGACAAACUCAGCUGGAUCUCUGGCACGAAGACCGUUUUGAAGGCGCCCUCGGUCUUCUGAAAUAUCUUUUCGACAUCUUCAAAGGCUCAAUUCUGGAAGCGUCAUUUAUUACUGGAACUACCCCAUCUCCAAAAAUUGCUCAGUUUCUCGUCGACGUAUUCCAUUUGACUCCAGUUAAAGGAUGUGCAAAUGUGACACUUUUUGAGAAUGGAAUCUCCUCAAAACAAAUGGUAGAUCAAAUUCUUGAUCUAGCUACUGGCCUAAAACGUCUGGAUCUCAGAUGCCCACUUCCAGAUGAUUGGAGUAAUCCGAAAGUAUUGAAACUGGAUAAAUUGAUUGCGUGGCCAGCAGAAUGGUUUACCACAAUGGAUCUCAUGACUCGAUUGGAUGGAAAGUGUGUCAAUAUAAAUGAAACACAUCUGAAAUGGCAAGCAUUCAAAGCAUUCAUGCUCAAAUGGCAAAUGACUAAUGAGACGAGACUUAAAAUUCUGGAAAUUUCAUUCGAUGGUAAUUGGGAAGGAUUCCAAACAGAUGGAUUGAAUCUCAAAAAGUGGGAUCCUCAAGAAAGGGAUAGUCACUAUCCAGAUCUGUUCGGAAAACCAUCUGCCGAUUGGUUCAACUGUGAAUUCGUUCAUGACAUUCAACGCGAAGAUGGUCUUCUGGCUUCAUUUUGGAGGAGAGAGAACAGCUUUCAUUUUGUUGUCUGGCACGAUCGUCAUCCAAUUGCCACGUUGCAACCGAAUCCAGAGCAACUGGUCAGCUUGGAAAACUACGAAUUCGCGGAUGAAGAUGAUGAGGAGGACGAGGAUGAGGAAUGA